GGGGAAUGACCUGAGGGACUGUCCUAGGGCAAUUUUUCUGCCCUUCCCUGACCCCAGCAGGGAAGAAUCAGUAUAAAUAGAAGCCCUGAUGCCUGGCAGGCAGAGACUAACAGCUCUGCUCCACCAGAAAUCAGCACCAUGAAGCUCCUCACAGGCCUGAUUUUCUUUUCCUUGGUCCUGGGAGCCAGAGGCUUAUUUUCAUUCCUUAGUGAGGCUGCCGGAGGGGCUUGGGACAUGUGGAAUGCCUACUCUGACAUGAAAGAAGCCAAUUACAUAGGUGCAGACAAAUACUUCCACGCUCGGGGGAACUAUGAUGCUGCCCAGAGGGGGCCUGGGGGCGAGUGGGCUGCAGAAGUGAUCAGCGAUGCCAGAGAGAAUAUCCAGUCAUGGAUGGGCCGUGGAGCAGAGGACACGAUCGCUGAUCAGGAGGCCAACAAAUGGGGCCGGAGUGGCAAGGACCCCAAUCACUUCCGACCUGCAGGCCUGCCUGACAAGUACUGAGUUUCCUGGUCACUCUGCUCUCAGGAGACUGGGCCGUGAGCCCCUGAGGGCCAGGACACAGGGUUAUUGUUUUCUGUGUACACAGAACUUGUAGAGGGCAAGCAAUAGGUAUCUAAUAAAUGCUUAGGAGAUGGAA